CGAUUUCCCUCCCCUAGACUUACCUUAACGAAAUACACGACCCGCACGCUAUCAAUGGCGACCUCCGGCACCGAAUCCCUCAACCAGGAGAUCGCACAGCAGAAGGUGCUCCUCAAUGACCUCCGAAAACAGCAGGCCGACGCCGCCACCGUAGACGAGGCGAAGAAGAAGCUCGGAGAUCUCCAGCGCGCGCUCGCGCAGCUGCACUUGCAAGCUUCUGGAGGAGUGAAAGACGGCGGGAAAAAGAAGGAACGCCUGCUGCUCAAGACACCCAAGGGCACGCGCGACUAUGGCCCGAACGAGAUGUUCUGUCGCGAGCACAUCGAGCGCACCGUCAAGGAAUGCUUCACGAUGUACGGCGGUGGCUGCCUCGACACGCCCGUCUUCGAGCGCAAAGACAUCCUUGCGGGCAAGUAUGGCGAGGACGCGAAGCUCAUCUUCGACCUGAUGGAUCAGGGUGGCGAGCAGCUUGCGUUGCGGUAUGACCACACGGUCCCACUCGCACGCUACCUGGCGAUGAACGGCGCCGUCAAUAUGCAGUCGAAACUCUGGCAGGUCGGCAAGGUCUACCGACGAGAUAAUCCCGUCAUGUCCAAAGGCCGUAUGCGGGAGUUCUCACAAGCAGACUUCGAUAUUUCUGGUGUCUGGGAUCCCAUGAUCCCCGACGCUGAACUGAUCAGCCUUCUGUGCACCAUCCUUACACGACUAGACGUUGGCGAAUUCACAGUCAAGAUUAACCACCGAAAAAUUCUCGACGGUAUAUUCGAGGUGUGUGGCGUCCCAUCAGAGAAGAUCCGCACGAUCUCCUCUGCGGUAGACAAACUGGACAAGAUGGCGUGGGUGGACGUGAAGAAGGAGAUGACGGACGAAAAGGGGCUGGACCCCGCCGUCGCCGACAAGAUCGGCGAGUACGUGAAGCAUAAGGGAGGGCCUACGCUGCUAGAGCAGUUGAAGGCGGAUGAGGCUUUGAUGGCGAACGCGAGCGCGAAACAGGGCAUUCAGGAGAUGGGUAUCCUCUUUACCUAUCUACAGGCGUACCAAGUCAUCGAUAAGCUCUCCUUCGAUAUGUCACUAGCGCGCGGCCUCGACUACUACACUGGCAUCAUUUAUGAAGCCAUUGUCGAAGCAUCCGCGCCGCCUGGGUUCAAAGCGGCGAAUGCCUUCGCCUCAACCUCCUCUACUGUGUCUACCGUCGACUCUUCCGCCGCUCCUGCGCCUGCCCCCGCACCAAAGAAGAAGGCGAAGAAGAGCUCCGCCGACGAUGAGGAAGAGGAGAUCGACGAGUCGCAGGUGGGCGUUGGUUCGAUCGCCGCCGGCGGGCGAUACGACAAUCUCGUAGGCAUGUUCACAGCCGCGGCGGCAGGCGAGGGAAAGAAGACGGCAGGGCUGCCCUGUAUUGGUGUAUCCAUUGGGCUGGACCGUGUGUUCGCGAUCGUGUGGCCAAAGUGGGUCGCGAAGGGCAUGCGCAGCAAGGCGACGAUGGUGUACGUGAUGGCGGCAGGCGACGGGCUGCUCGGGGAGCGCAUCUCGCUCGCACGCGAGCUGCGUGUGGCGGGACUCCCGACGGACUUCCUGUUCAAGAACAAGCCGAAGCUGCCGACGCAGUUCGCGGCGGGCGAGCGCGACGAGGUGCCAUUCGCAGUGAUCCUCGGUGAGAGCGAGCUCAAGGAGGGCCUCGUGACCGUGAAGGAGCAGAAGUGGGAGCUUGUCGACGGGAAGAAGGUCAAAAUCGAGUCGACAGACAAGGGUGUGAAGGUGCGCCGAGACGAGCUUGUGCGCUGGCUCAAGGAUUCGCCGACGUACGCCGACUGGGCGAGCGGGAAGUGGGUGCAGAACUAGGCUUGCAGUGUUGCAGCUGGCGAGGGCAAGCGGUGGUCAACGUAGAUGUGAACUUCAACGCUAUUUAUUGAAUGUGCUUUGUGUUUGGAAUAUACGUCUUUGCAAUUGCUGUCC